AUGCGAUUUGGCCCUGGUAUUCUCAGACUGCCGGACCUCUCCAAGGCCCACCCUAAGUCUAUCCACCAGGUACGACGGUUCCUUGCCCGCGAACUGCCUAAAUGUCAACAAGAAUACACCAUAUUGUUCUUCGAAGACAUUCUUAAUCCCGAUAUAACCAGUCUCUGCCAUCAGAAUAGUGAAGCGGCCAUCUUGCGCCGCAAAUCCGCGCCGCAUGCGUUUCACAUUGCUUCCAAACUGAGCGGACAUUCACCCAUAUGCCUGAGUACAUGCCAUGCCAAGGGCAUCUUCACUAGCGUCUUCUGGAAGGUCGAGAAGCCUGCUCGUUGCGACGGAUGUGGCUGCGGCUGUGUGGCCGAAUGUAAUACCGAAGUGCCACUGCCCUGUCAGCAUAUGUCCGCCAUAAAGAUAGAGUCCAACACGUGGGCAUGCUUUGCAAACCACAAUGGUGGAGAGCAAAAGCGAUUUUCCGUCAAACUCAGCCCUAGGGGUCGCUUUCUUCUGACCGGCGGCCGCAAAGAGCCAGGAUGGAGUGACAGACAGACGGGGGCUAACAUCUGCCAGUCAUUUAGCUCGAAGGACUGA